AGAAGUUCCUUAAACAACACGGAUCUUAGGCCUUGAGAAACCCCUCACUUUCUCUAUUUAAGCAGCUCCAUCCCCUCUAUGCUCUUCUUUCAUAAACCCACCUACAAAUAACAGCAAUAUACCUUGGUGUUGCUUUCACAUAUUGAUCACACAUCCAUCCCUUCCUAGCUUCUUGUGUUUUUAUUGUUAAUAUAUAUAUAUAAAUAUCUCCUUUUUUUAUAUAUAUAUAUAUACAUACUUCUCUUAUAAUUUUCUUUUAUUGGGUGUUAAGGGGAUUAUAUUGGGUCUCUUAGAGGUUAAGCAAUAUGGGUGAUUCUUCAAUACUCAACCAGGGAGAGGAGAGCAUAGAGUUGCCCCCUGGAUUCAGAUUCCACCCUACAGAUGAGGAGAUCAUCACCCACUACCUCUCCCUCAAGGUCUUGAACCGCAACUUCAGCGCAAUCGCCGUCGGAGAGGUGGAUCUCAACAAGUGCGAGCCGUGGGAUCUUCACACCAAGGCUAAGUUGGGGGAGAAGGAAUGGUACUUCUUUUGCCAGAGGGACAGGAAGUACCCAACUGGCACCAGAACCAACAGGGCCACAGAAGCUGGAUACUGGAAGGCUACAGGCAAAGAUAAAGAGAUCUACAGGGGGAGAGGCAACUUGGUUGGCAUGAAGAAGACCCUUGUGUUCUACAGAGGGAGAGCCCCCAAGGGUGAGAAAACCAACUGGGUCAUGCAUGAAUAUAGGCUUGAAGGGAAACUCCCCCACCCCAAUCUCCCUAGAUCCCUAAAGGAUGAAUGGGUUGUGUCUAGGAUCUUCCACAAGGCAUCAGGGAUAAAGAAACCGAGCCCUGUGCAUGGACUCGAGAGGAUCAACUCAUUUGAGGGUGAUUUGUUGGACUCGAGUGCAUUGCCCCCUCUCAUGGACCCCCUUUAUAACUACAGUGCAUCUCCCAGCAUGGUAAACACCAACAACAACAACAACAACAGCAACAUGGUUUUUGAUCCCAAGGGGUUUCCUUCGACCGCUUCGUCGACCCCUUCGUUCCUCAACCCCGCCAUGAUAGGCCUCGACUAUGCACAAAGCAUGAUCGGCAAUUAUCAACUGGGCUCAGGAAUGAAUCCAGCUGCGAAUAACUCGGCGUUAUACGCGCAGAUGUUCAAUAGCACUCCUUUGAGCUCCUACUUGCACCAUGAGGAAGGUUUCGUCGCCGCUAACAACUACGACGUGUCGUCGGCGAUAAGAAAGCACUGCAAGGUGGAGCAGCAGUCGAACCAGUCAGUGGUCAGCCCCUCGCGGGAGACGGGGCUCAGCACCGAUCACAACACCACCGAGAUCUCGUCCGUCGUCUCGAGGCAAAACUACGACGAUCAUCUCGACGGCCCUUCCUCGGCUUUGCCGGUUAUGGACAUAGAUAGUAUACUGAAGUACUGUAUAAAAUGAUAUUGAUUGAUUUAUUCAUGUGUUUGCUCCAAUAUAUUAGUUAGAAUAUGUAUGUUCCAAAUAUUAACCACAGAGAGAGAAGUGUUGCUAGAUCUAUGUGCACUGUUUUAAUUAUUUGUACAUACACAGAUCAAGGAAAAUAUUUGUUGAAUGAGAACGAGUUGUGAGAACUAAUGUACAAAUUAUAUAA